AUGGCCACGGAGGCUCAGCGCUCGACCCAAGACGACAAAUUGAAGGAUGCCCAGAUGGAGGUAGCUGAUAAGCCUGAGAAAGUCGUGCUUCCAACCAACGAGUCCUCCGAAAGCCUCAUCAGAAUUCGACACACGUGUGCACACGUGAUGGCCAUGGCUGUUCAGAAGGUCUUCCCGGAUGCAAAAGUGACAAUUGGUCGGUGGAUAGAAAAUGGGUUCUAUUAUGAUUUUGAUAUGGAGCCUUUGACGGACAAAGAGUUGAAGAGAAUCAAGAGGGAGAUGAUUGAAAAGGAGAUUAAUUUGAAGUAUGCCGAAUUCUUCAUAGGUGAUGAAUGGUGGGACCUAUGUGCGGGGCCCCAUGUUGAAAAAACUGGAAAUAUUAACAGAAAAGCUGUCGAACUUGAGUCUAUUGCUGGUGCCUACUGGAGAGGAGAUGAAAAGAAACCGAUGCUGCAGAGGAUCUAUGGCACUGCAUGGGAGAGUGAAGAUCAAUUGAAGGCAUAUCUUCAUUUCCAAGAGGAAGCUAAACGUCGAGAUCACAGGCACCUUGGUCAAGUUCUUGACCUGUUUUCUAGACAGAUUUAUCAGUUAGCAAUCCCAUUAUUUGUAGUUGUGAGGAUUCUUGCAUUGAACAUUUUCGUUGUUGAAUUUUCACAGAAUGAUGCUGGUGGGGGUUUAGUGUUCUGGCGUCCAAGGGGUGCUAUUGUGAGGCAUGUAAUGGAAGAUUUGUGGAAAAAGAUCCACAUAGAACGUGGUUACGAUCUGCUGUAUACUCCACAUGUUGCAAAGGCGAACCUUUGGCAGAUAAGUGGUCAUCUGGAUUACUACAAGGAGAAUAUGUAUGAUCAAAUGAAUGUUGAGGAUGAACUUUAUCGGCUUUCGACCAAUGAACUGCCCCUAUCAUAUCUUGGUUUAGAAAAGGAAGCCUAA